UCUGUUGAUGCACUUAAAGCACAUCUAUCAAGAUGUCACAGCUAUGCAGAAAGAUUAGACAUAGAAAAAGACGCUCAUACAUAUUAUUCAUGCCACUUGUGUAACUUCAAGCAUCCCUUUUCUGAGACGGUACUGUUUGGACAUUUGAAAAGUCAUUUGAGAAAGCAUGAGAUGGUCGCUUGUCCAUUCAGGAACUGUAACUACCACACAAAUGUUUACUCUUCCUCCAAUGCACACAAAAGCAGAGCCCAUUCUGGUAAUUCAGAUUAUGAAGAUGUUAUGGUGUCCGUAGAGAAUGAUGACACUCCAGCAACAUCUUUUGCUGAUGGUGUUGAUGAGGGACCUACUCAGGGUGAAGCUACAGGUGACUUUAAUCAGACUGAAAAUGAGAGUGAUAUCAUCAGGAAGACCAUACAAGAGGUCUUAUUGAUACAAGAGACUGUUGUUAGUGAAACAUGUUUAGAUGAGCUUGUCAGUUCUGUUAUGAGCUGUACCAUUUUUACUAGUGCAACUGCUAAAGGUGAGAAAUUAACUACGACUAAGAGGAGGAAAACUUAUGUUGAAAGAAAUUACCCUGUGGUAAGGCCUGUGCAGUAUGAACUAGAACCAGGACACACUACUGUGCACAUUUCCAUUCUUGAGAUGAUUCAGGAAAUGUUUAGACAUACUGACAUUCUUGAUAAAAUUAAAGAAACCAAACCAGCACAACAAGGUCAGUACAUGAGCCACCAAGAUGGAUCAUAUUUCAAAGAUAAUGAACUAGUGUCCUCAAAAGAGCUAACGUUGCCCCUACUUUUGGUGUCUGACAAUCUUGCAGCUCAUUGUUUUGCAGGCUUUAUGAAGUCUUUUAGGGCCAAAUAUUUUUGCAGAUUCUGCACUGAUACCUUAGCCCAAAUUCAGUCUUAUGAGGUUGCAGAUAAGGAGUUCAGCUUGGCACUGCCAAUGUUUAGUAGAACUGAACAGAUAUUCCUGGUGAACAAUCACAUUGUUUUCCUUUGCCGUGAACAUGAAUCACGAUACAUUGAACACCUGUGCUCCCAUGAACUU